AUGGAGCUGGGCGAUUCACAAAUAGACAAUGGAAAUGAUAAUGUGCCUGAAGAACCAUUUUUCGGAUCACAAGAACCGUCGUCGGAUUUCGAUAUUGUUGUUGGACAUUUAGAGGAGAUAAUAAUGAGUAAUCACUUUCAAAGUAUUCAAGAUCAAUUUAUGAAUGAAAAUUACAAUGAAUUUGAUGAAAAUGAAGAGAAUAAAUUUUGUUAUACAGAAAUUCAUGAGAAAUAUAUUAAUACAGUUGAACGAAUGCUGGAAGAGCAAUUAUGUCAAAGAAUACCUCAUUUUUCAAUACGUUCAUUUAUAGAUAACUUAGUUUCCAACAGUAACUGUCUAGAUGGUGAAAUAUUUGAAAUGUUGUAUACAUUCACAGAUUUUCUUGCAUUCAAAGAAAUGAUGAUUGAUUACAAAAAGGCUAAAACUGGACAAACUGUCAAUUUGGAACUAAUCAAUUCAUAUCAUAAUUAUAAUAAUUCAUCUAUUAUAAUGAAUGAUACCAUUAAUCCAUACAAUACAGAUUCAAUAGUACAAUGA